UCCUCCACAAAUGGCUGCCAUUUUUGCUUUCACCCUAGCUAAGUAUUGGAAGGCCACUCAAAGGAUCUAAAAUGCGGCCUCAAGGUUUGAGAGAGGAGGAUCCAGAUAGGCGUCUUAUCAAACCGAUACCCAAGAAGCGGAAUUCCUUCGACGAGUUGGAUCUCCCCUUCGCUCCCUUCCCUGAAUAUAUUUCAGACGUUAGUUCCGCUCGAUUCCGUGGAUCUUCUGGACAUUCUAUCAGAGCGAAUACGAUCUCGGGCAAUGCCAAGCAGAGCCCCUUGGCGUCGUGGGGAAUCGGUUCAACAGCUAUGCAUCUAGCGACUCAACCGCUAGUAAGAGACAGUAGAACCGCGGAUUAUAUUGUGCUCUACGAAACGGACUCAAAAUCAGAGGAGCCUCCCGCUUGUGCUAAGCCGCCAUCGGCCUUUCGUGCACUUCCGCUUCGAUUUGGUCUCUCAACCUCUCCUCCCGUCAGUACAUCAAUGUGUUCCAGACCUCCGGCUAACGCCCCUCUGGAGGUCCCACCUCCGCUGCCUCCGAAGCCGACACACUUAUUUAGACAACCUUCUACAAAAACGGAGGCUCCUCAAACUUUGGAGGAUGAAGAGGUUUCCAAGUUUAUGGUCCCAACUGAAAACCAGCAAGGCGCACUGGUGCAGGUGACAUCGAAUCCCAUGAAAUCAAGCACAUCCAGACGCCCACCUCCUCCGCCAUACUACGUGAAUCUGUUCGGUUCGGAAAGUAAAACUGGACAUCCAGAUAAAUGUGUUGAUAAUAGAGAACAAAUGAAUCGUCCUGUGCCGGCUUCUGCGUUGAACUUUGGUGCAUCUUUGGGGAAUAUGACGGAAGUCGACAGGUGGACUAAAGAGGCUGCCUCAUCAGGCACACAGCGUUCCCAGCCAUCCAGAAGAUUUGUACCUCCGUCCAAAGUGUGCCCAAUCAAUCUAACGGAACACUUGGAACAAGCCGGGUACCCACUGGAACAGCUUUGUUUGGACAGCGACAUUGUGAGCGAUACGGGAAUAGCGAAGACUAACCAACAGUCCAUCUGCUUCAACGCACUUUUCAAUCGUUGGUUUCGUAUCGGAUCUCAUCGAUUCUUGCGUGAUAAACACAGAGCAAAGAGUCUGGAUGAACAGAACCCGAAAUUAUCGUACAACUUGGAUCCCAACCGGUUGGCGAUGGAGACAGAUUUCCGAGUUCGGCUCACACGUACCCGAUGUGGGGGUCACAUAUGGAUUGGGAAUUCAACGCAACAGCAAAAACCUGUUUACCUGCGCCCGCGAGGAUGGCAUUCACUGCGUUCCACCUUGGACCCUGAAAACUCCAUAUCCCAAAAUCUUGGCCGAUGCUCACCUGCGGUUGGACGUAAACGACAGAAUCAACAAAACUGGAGGCAACGGUGGCUUGUCUGUGAUUUUGGCUAUCGCAUUCUUGGCGUGUAUGACGAACAAAACGAGGCCAAACAAAGAGACUGCAUUCCUUUUGCCUCCAUGAAGGCAAUCCACUGCGGAAUGAAUGUGGAUCACAGUCCACCCAGAAACACAUCGCCUACGGUACCAAACUGGGAUGGAGGCGAGAACACAGAUAGUACACCUUUCGAACCCCUCCAUCGGGUUUCAAUCGGAAGUGAAACUCAAGCAGUUGCCAAAGUUCCAGACUUAUUUGAGCAAUGCAUUUUCCAAGUUGAGUGUCCAACCAAAUUGUAUACGAUGCGAACAUCCAACAUGGCGCUUAGGAAUCUAUGGAUCACAGUGCUAGAACUUGCGAAAGAAUACGGUGGCCCUCGAUGAUUCCAUAACGGGUCGGAACAAAAACCCCUUAACUAUAGGGAAUUAUUUUGUAUUUUAAAAUGAAAAAACGCCAUGACAUAUUUU